UCAAUCCUGGUAUUUUUGCCGGGCUACGAUGAUAUAGUAACAGUGCGUGAAAAAGCAAGGCAAAUGCGAGGCUGUGUCACGAGGCCUUCCAUUUUCAUGCUUCAUUCGCAGAUGAGCAGUCGCGAUCAGCAACGUGUUUUCGAACCGGUCGGUCCUGGUUAUCGUAAAGUGAUUCUCAGUACGAAUAUUGCCGAAGCAAGUCUGACCAUUGAUGAUGUUGUUUUUGUCAUCGAUUGCGGCAAAGUGAAAGAGGUAAGCAGUUUAUUAUUGUUAUUAUUAUCAUUGUUGUUAUUAUUAGAGUUAGUUAAAAAAUCGCCUUCUGCUAAGGUUAUUGUUUGUUGA